UACCAGGAAGUUCCAACACAGUCAACUUGUCUGCUCGGAAGCUGAAUGUCCCUCGUCGGCCUCUUUUUUUAAUGUUUUAUAAACAAAGUGCAACAAUCGUAUUUGGAUUGAUAGAGUAUCGUUUUAAGCAGGACUAAACAACCUAUCUUUUUCAGCGUAUCCUCUGUGCAAGAAUGCGUUAUCAUCGUCUGUGGGAGCUAGCUAGCUAACAAGCUAACAGCUAGUUAAGGUUGUUUUGGUUAUUAAUGUGAACAUUAAUGUGACAUCGACUCAGUCUGGACUCUCCUUCCAGUGCGAAUAACGUAGCACUGGUUUGUUUGCCAUAGUCCACUUGAUUCAGGAAACAGUCGUAUUUGUUAGACGUUAAAAACAACAUAGUUUAUGUAAAUCUUCGGUAAUGUCCCGGCUAACUGCUUAGCUAACGUUAAACGGCGUUCGCCUACCUUUAGCUACCACUGCUGGGGACCGUCUGGUUGUCCCUUGCCCCGAACAGUGGACGUCUGGCGAGCUUAUAAAGCUCUCUCUGAACCGGAUCCAAUGCGUGGGAUGAUGGGGACCCAGAGUAGUCCUGUCAAGAGUUACGAUUAUCUCCUGAAAUUUCUUUUGGUGGGAGACAGCGAUGUCGGAAAGGGAGAAAUCUUGGACAGUUUGCAAGACGGAUCAGUAGAGUCUCCCUAUGCCUACAGCAGUGGGAUUGAUUACAAGACCACCACAAUUCUGCUGGAUGGGAGAAGAGUCAAAUUAGAGUUAUGGGACACAUCAGGGCAGGGCAGAUUCUGCACCAUCUUCCGGUCCUACUCUCGUGGAGCACAGGGCAUCCUGCUCGUGUAUGACAUCACCAACGGCUGGUCGUUUGAUGGCAUAGACCGCUGGAUUCGGGAAAUUGACGAGCAUGCCCCGGGUGUACCCAGGAUCCUGGUGGGCAACCGGCUUCACCUGGCUUUCAAGCGGCAGGUGCCAACAGAACAGGCCAGGGCUUACGCAGAAAAGAACAGCAUGACUUUCUUUGAGGUCAGUCCGCUCUGCAACUUCAAUGUCAUCGAAUCCUUCACGGAACUUUCACGCAUCGUGCUGAUGAGACACGGGAUGGAGAAAUUCUGGAGGCCCAACAGAGUCUUCAGCCUCCAAGAUCUGUGCUGCCGUUCGAUCGUCUCCUGCACGCCGGUGCACCUUAUUGACAAACUGCCCCUCCCUGUGGCCAUCAAGUCCCACCUCAAGUCUUUCUCUAUGGCCAACGGCAUGAACGCAGUUAUGAUGCACGGACGCUCCUACUCAGUGGCCAACAGCGCAGCUUCAGGCGGAAGCAGCGGCGGAAGCAAAGCCAACAGUCUCAAACGCUCAAAGUCCUUCAGGCCUCCACAGAGUCCUCCAAAGAACUCGUCGUCAUCCUCUAAGGGGAACUGUAAGAUUUCAUAGUGAAGGAGCAGACUAAUGGUUGCCUCCAAAGGGCCAGUAUUAAUGGUGUUGUUGCUCCAAAAGGUCACAGGGCCACAGAUGAGCAUGGAGAGCUACCCGCAGUCUUCACCAGGAGCGGAUAUAGCUGUGAACUAACAUUGACCUUUGGGAACCGUCUUGGAUGGUUGGAUUGGUUUCUGUUGUCUUUGCGCUUGCUGGUGCCAUCUUGUGGAUGUCCGUUUACCCAUGUUCUCUUACUGCAGAGGUCCACUGUGAUCAAGUAGAACAAGAUUUUCCUGGGACCAACAGAUGUGAAUCAAGGAUUAUCACUCUCCUGUUAACACUACAAACGAGUGGAGGAACGUUAGCUGUCUUUUAUUUGGAAAAGGAUUGUUUGUUGUAUUUAAAGUUGGACAUGAAGUUGUAAAUAUACUGUAUGUGCUAGUUGUUUUGGUCUGUGUUUGGUAAUUAAUCCUGGAGGGGAACUUCUUAUACUUGUUUUGUCUUGAAUGUUUUGGGAGACCUGCUUUGGUGUCCAACUUCUUUGUGUGUCUUAUGCCCUUUGUCUAUUGCAGACAGUUCCCUUUGCAAUAUCAAGGGUGCUGAGCUACUUAUUUAAAACUCAGAUUAGUUAAAUUUUUAAUUAACAUUGGCUUAAAUUGAAUGUCACAAGAAGCUUCUCAGACAGACUAGUAAUAGAUGUAAGAGAGUUAUCUAUCCAUUGAAAAACCUUCUUAGUCUAGCCCUUCUUAAUCCGUGAAUCUGUCCGGCAAAGUUGAGCCAAGUUGUCUUGUUUUGAAGACUUCCUGUGGUGCCGCUAAAUUCCAGCUCAAAUGAAUUCCCCCUCCAUCUCCAUCAGUCAUUGGUAUGAACGUCUGUUGACUUUCUCAGGCCAUUUUUGCCUCUAAAUCUAAUCUCCUCAGUCGUAUCAUUGCUUCAAUUGGUUUAAACCACCAACAGCAUGAUCAGUUUAAAUCUGUCAACUCUUGGAGCAAUUCAGAGAUCGCUCGGUGCUGAUGAGGAAACCUUGUACAAACGCAGAUGUACAGAUUGUUUGCUCAGUUGUGGCAUUUUGCCUUCAGGAAGUGCUGCAGUCGUCUCUUGGUUGUUGAGAGGAAUAUUUUAAUUUGAUUGCUUUUUGGAUAUUUUAUGUAUAUGCUAUGUAUUUAUGAAUGUAUGACAGUAAUCAUCUGCUACUUUCCCGUGGCCAUAUGGUAAUAUGUCGGACUGUAAGAAUCAGAGGUGGAAAGUCAUAUCUGUUGCUGUAAUAUUUGAUAUUAUAUGAGCGUCGCCUCUUGGUUCAGUAUUUGUACUUUUGCUGCUGAAGUUAAUUAUUAUUUUCCAACCUUCUAAAGAACGCCUGUUUAAUAGGAGGAGUUAGAAAUGUAUUCUGGAUUUGCAAGAAUGUCAGAUGAACUUGAAGACUGCAGAAAGAGCUCAGAAAGUCUUGUUUAUUUAAUCAGAGCUACCUUUUCUUAUUCUUUUAAUAAUUGAAACAUCUACACAAAUACUUAUAUUCUGGUGUUUUCUUUCCACCUCUGAUUGUGCUGUAUUUCCACUUCAACAUUCCCCUGUCCUGCCUGUGUGUAUGUGAUAAGGUCAUCCAGGGCAUAAAAAAAAUGUGGUGCAUGUUUUCUACUGGCGCCUGUUUCAUGUGGUGUAUUGAGACCAGUACAAUAGGCUAACAGAACUCUUGAGUGAACAUUUAAAGCACUAUAUGUAAACGUUGGAUUCUGAUUGUUGCUCUCAGAGCUGUGUCUCUGAAGGUUUGGAUACGGGAUUGAUUAUAAUUUGUCUCCAUUGAAAACAGUCACCCAUCAAAAUAAAGGGUAAAACUACAA